AACAUAAUGAUGUCACCACCACUUACUAUACCGAUAGGUGCUAAGUUUUUUUUGUACAUCAUUCUUUUUGUGUAAUAUUGAUGUGUUUUGUCCAGGGUGUGAUUUGCUGGGGGCGGGGGGGUUGGAGGGAUUAUUCCCCCUCUGCCUCUAUCCUCCCAUGAUUAUGGCCAUCAAACGGCCAUAUAAAUGGCCUAAAGUAAUUUAAUAUUAGUAAAAAUGCUGCCACGCAAUAGUACUAAAAAAGUAAAAUCAGAAGUAUUACUGUCAGCGCUUUGGCUCCUGUGGCAAUAGGUCAUCAAACAGACUAUUAUCUUAGUCUGACGUCUUGUCUAAGUAGACAUAAAGCCUAUUUAUUGUUAUUUUGAGAGUACGUUGUCCAUUGCAUUUUCUUCUAUUAAAUAUUAUGAUCAUAAACAAAUGUUUUCGCAUGUCUGGGGCAAAGCAUAAAGAAGGAAUGCAUUCUGGCAUGUAAAAUUCUGGUUCCGUAAUUGUUUUAUUUAGUUUCUGUAAUGGAGGUUAUGGUUGUAAAAAAAAGAAAAUAAAUAAUUUAGCUAAUCAUUUUUAAAUUUCCUUUUGUCUGUGUGCCACUACCUCAAGCUCUCAAUUAUUAGCCUAUAGUACCCGAGUUCGUUGAGUUUCAUGAUGCAUGCUGUACACCUUCAAGUAUGCAUGUACAUUUAAAAAAAAAAAUUCACUUUAAUUCCUUGGAUUAAUUUUCAAUUUACAUUUUUGAAAUGUACAAAUAAAACAAAACAAAAAUCACAUUUUAGAAUUUUUUUUAUCAGAAAUAUGAACAUCUGCAUCAAUUACAUUUUUCCCUUUCCAUAUCCUUCCAUAUACCACUGGAGUACCCAGGCAGGUUUGCUUCAGAAGACAUGAUCACAGCUAGGACAGAUAACACCAAUGAGCUUCCAAAAUAAAGGAGCAUUCAUAAAUUAUAAAAUGGGACAACGAUCAUUGAACAUGUCUAUAAACAGAGCUAAACAUAAUAAAUGAACGUUUUCAUUCAGUUUAUGUAAAGUACAAUGUGAGAAUAUUUUUUAUAAUAUUUUUUUUUUCAUAAAAUGUAUGAUUUGUCUGAUACUUAUGUAUAAUGUAAUUAUGUGUAUAGGCUACUGUUACUGAGAUACAUAAGCAGCAAAUAAACUCUUAGAUAUUAUUUACAUUUGUUUAGACCGUAAGUAAAAUCACUGAAAUUCUGCCACCCCAAAGGCCCAACGUUGUAAGAUUACAAAACUUCCAUCAAAAAUGAAAAAACUAAAUUUCAGGGUUUUCAUUACCCACAAAAUUUAACUAGAAAGCAUCAUCUGUUGACUUUGGCGUAUUUGCCAAGGCAUGGUGUAUGUAACUUUACAUAUUUGCAUUCACAAAGACUGGGCCUGGUCUUCUGAUUGGUCAAAGAUUUUCUGUUUCGUUUUGGUUGUUUUUUGUUUCCUAUAAAACAACAGUUGAGAGCAUACAACGACAUCACUGUUGACUUCUGCUCAACAAGGUUGUAUCGUGUAGAUUUUGUGUAGAGAAAUGAAAAAAACUGUUUCUGUAUAUCUGUUUCUGUGCCUCUGUGGACUGAGCUCCAGUUUCUAUAGAAGACACUUUUAUGUGACGCAGCGAAUGCAAUGGAAUGAUGCGCAGACGUACUGCAGAGAGCAUUAUGAUGACUUGUCCACUACUACCACACAAGAGUUAAAGAAGAUGACAAGUAAUCCAAACCUUAUUGAUACAUAUGUUUGGGUUGGAGCAUACCAAAACCCUGCAAACUCCUCAGAAUGGUUUUGGUCUGGAGGUGAGAAACAACCAGUUGAACAGUGGAACCCUGGAGAACCAAACCUUCUGUAUCGUGAGAAAUGUGCUAAUAUAUUUAAUGGGAAAUCUGGACUGACCAAUAUUCCGUGCUAUUGGUUUCAAUCAUUUUAUUGUAUGGACUACUACGAAACGAUAGUGGUACAGGAGAGUAAGACAUGGGAAGAGGCUUUGGACGACUGCAGACAAAACUACAUUGAUCUUGUCAGUAUCGCCUCUGAGAGGAAUAUGGCAGAGGUGAUAAAAAACAUCACAACAUCACAGACAGCUUAUGUAUGGACUGGACUUCGAUUUUUAGCUGGCGAUUGGUUUUGGGUCAGUGGUGAUGAUAUUGGAUAUAAAGCCUGGUCUGAGGAGGGGGAGCUCCAGUGCCCUCCCAGAAAUCUUAGGUGUGGAGCUUUGGAUAUAAAAAAUAAGGUUUGGAAACCUGCAAACUGUGAGGAGAGAUUAAACUUUGUCUGUAUGAAGAAUUAAAUAAACGGUCUGAUGUUAUGUGAAGAGCCUUAUAAGCUCAACCAUCCCUUACAUUUGUAAAAAAAAAUCUUUGAUCCAUAAAAAUGUAUGGUUAUAGACAAUGUAUAAUGUUUUUAAAUUAUUCAUAGGGUGCAUACUGUAAAAUGUAUAUAAAAGAAUAUUUAGUGUUUAAUUGAAAUUUGUACAGGUACAUUCUAAAAAUAGCUGGGUUAUUUUUGACCCAUAAUUGGUAAAUAUUGGACAAAACGCAUGCUGGGAUAAAAAUGACCCAAUGUUGGGUUGUUGUUAUGCAACAUGGGGUAUAAUUACCCAGCAGUUGGGAUUGUGUUCUGUCCAAUAUUUGCCCAUUAUGGGUCAAAAUUAAGCCAGCCAUUUUUCGAGUGUAUGUACUGCUGGUUAUGGCAUAAACAUGUAAGUAUCUUUAAUGAAAAGGCACCUUCUUGCCUAGUUGGACAAAUUUUACAUUUUUAUUUAAAACUUUGGGAAAAAGGCUGACUUAAAAAAAAUAAGUCUAUUGAUAACUUGAGUGAAUUUAACUUAAACAUUACAGCUCUUCCAACAUUUUAAUCACAUUCAAUUCAGUACAUUUGUAAUUUAUUUAACAUAAA